AUGGUCGGGCAUCUUUCAAUAGGCGGAUGGAAGAGCCGGGGGUUUGGGCAUUCUCUGGAAGCCCUCUUCGGUGGACAUAUCCAAGAUGUCAGAAGGAAAACAAUGGAUAUCUUGUCAGGUGCAUUGCAGGUUGAGCCAGAUGGAAUUGGAGCUAUGGAAUAUUUACGGCUCCAAUCAAUCCCGGGAAAAAACAUUGCUAUGGGUGGAGGUUGCUCAAGCUGCGGCGGUCAAUGGGAACAAGAAAUUAAUAAUUGGUGGAGAUUUCAAUUACAGUUGGAGAUAGGCGAGCAAACCCAAGGAGGAAGCGGUUACUUUAAAUUCCAGAUCAUGUGGUGGCAGGACUCAACCAUCCUAAAUAAUCUGGAAAAAUGGUGGAACCAAUGCAAUCACAUAAAAGGUACACCUAGUUUAUGUUUCAUUAAAAAUCUGGCAUAUAUUAAGAAUCAACUCAAAACAUGGAAUAAAGAAAGCUUCAAAAACAUCUUCUCUGAGAAAGAAAGAAUUGAAAAUGAACUGGAAGCAUUGAAUUCGAAAGUUAUGACUGAAGGAAUGGAUCAAAUUGAUUUUAAUCGAGAAAAAGAUUUGACUAAUAAGUUGUCAGAGAUCUUAAUCAGAGAAGAAAUCUAUUGGAAAGAUAAGGCUAGGGAAUUGUGGAUCGGGGAGGGGGAUAUGAAUACCAAAUUCUUUCAUGCCUCUGUAAAGACUAGAAGAGCUAAAAAUCAAAUUAACGAAAUUCUCUUAGAAGAUGGAAGUUGGCUCAAGGAUAGAGACAGUAUUGGAUCGGCGGCGGAAGCUUAUUUCAAGAAAAUCUUGAAUGCCGAAGAAGAAAAGGUGGAUCUAAGCUUGGCCAUGUUACUUGAUGCGGUUCUAAAGUUGGUAAACAAAGAGGAUAAUCAAAUGCUGAUGCAGCCAUUCUCAGAGGAAGAGAUUAGGAGUGCAGUUUUGGGGCUUCAUCCAGACAAAGCUCCAGGUCUAGAUGGAAUGCCAGCAAUAUUCUACCAAAAAUGUUGGGGAUUUGUGAAGAGCGAUCUUAUGAAGGUGGUGGAGCAAGUAAGGAUCAAAGGAAAAUUUGUUAGAGAAAUCAACAAUACGGUAUUGGUGGCUAUUCCUAAGAAACCCAACCCUUCCACUUUCGAUGACCUUCGGCCAAUUGCACUAUGCAACACAAUAUAUAAAAUCAUCACUAAGGCGUUAGCCAAUAGGCUAAAGAAAGUGCUGCCAAACAUAAUCUCUCUUGAACAGAAUGGAUUCACUCCAGGGCGUGAAAUUAUAGAUAGCAUCAUUCUUACAACUAAGACAAUGCACUCUAUUACCACUGUCAGACUUAAAGCAAUGGUCAUUAAACUUGACAUAUCAAAAGCUUACGAUAAGACAAGAAUCUCAAAACUAUUUGGGUGGAAAAUCGGGUUGCUACCGGCGAAAUACCUUGGUGUACCUCUUUUCUCUGGAAACACCAAAGUUGAGGUGUGGAAAGAACUGAUCAUCAGAUGCAGACAAAAGACAGAAGCCUGGAGGCACAAAUGGUUGGCCCUUCCGGGAAGAAUCCAGUUAAUUAAAUCAGUUUUAACUGCCAUGCCCAUAUAUGCCAUGUCUGUCUUCAAGCUACCACUCAAAGUUGUUCAGGCUUUGGAAAGUUUUUUCAAGAAAUUCCUUUGGGAAGGUGCAAAACAAAUUAAGAAAAUUCCUCUUAUUAGCUGGGAUAUAGCAUGCAGUCCAAAAGAUGAGGGUGGAGCGGGCCUUAGAAGCCUGCAAUUGCAGAAUUGGGCUUUAGGGCGGAAUUGGAUUGGAGAAGCAAUAGGCAAAUACGGGGAACAUGUGGCUGACUAUAUAAGGGAGCAUCCUCCUGGGAGUGGAAGGCACGAAUGGAUUAAGUUUCGGGUGAACGGUAUGGAGGAUGCAGAUAUCAAUAGAUUAACUGAAACACUUAAAAGUAGGAAGAUUGUUAUCAGAGACAUGGAGGACAAAAUCAUUAUGUGUGCGGCACAAUCUAGACAAUACUCGGUAAAGCUGGGAUAUCAGGUCCAAAGGUCGGUACGGGAAAAAUGUGAUUGGCCCACAUCCCUAUGUUGGGAUAAGAUGGUUGCACCAAGAGCAGGUGCCUUUUUAUGGGCAGUCAUGCACGAAAGAAUACUUACUGGAGAACGUCUAAAGAUGUACGGUAUCUGUGGACCAAGUAUAUGUGUAAUGUGUAAAAGUAAUGAGGAGACAAUCAACCACCUGCUGAUGGAAUGUCCUUUUGCAAGGCAAUGUUGGAAUUGGUUAUGUCAAAGCUUGAGAUGGGUUUCCACCCCUGCAUCUACCCUGAAGAACUGGAUUAAAAGUUGGCCUAUACUGAAUCAAAAAUCGCUAUGGGGGUCAUUAUGGCUAAUCGCUCCUUCUAUGCUCUUAUGGCAAAUAUGGAAGGAACGUAAUUGUAGAAUAUUUGAAGGGAAAGAAAAUUCUUUGGAAAAGUUUCUCGAAAAGAUUAAAACUAAUAUCAGUGAAGUGGCCAACCUUAAGUCUCAUUGCAGGAGGAUAGAGUAUAUAUCGGAUUGGGACAAGAAAAAUCAGAUGGAAUGGGGAAAUUUGCAUCCUCUAAAUAUCAAUGUAGUAUCAAAACAGGCAAAAUGGUCAAAUGCAAAAUGGGAGCCUCCCAAGGCAGGAUGGAUAAAGCUCAACUUCGAUGGGGCUGCCAAAGGUAACCCAGGUGCCGCUGGAUAUGGUAGCAUCAUAAGGGAUGAAAAGGGGACUAUUUUGGGCAGUAUAUCAGGCAGCUUAGGAACAGCUUCCAAUAAUGAGGCAGAAGCAAUGGCUCUGGUUAGAGGUCUUAAAUACUGCUCAGAAAAAAAUUACCAGUAUGUGGAAGUAGAAGGAGACUCUCAAAUCUUAGUCAAUGCCAUAAAAAAUGGAGCUACUCCUAGCUGGAAGCUUUAG